AUGCCUCCUCAUUGCCUGCCAGAGAGCAGGUCCCAAGCACUGACAGGGCUCGCCCCCCACACACCCCCACCCCCCAGGAUGCCCACUCAGCUUCCCCACAGCCUUGUACAGACCUGUGUGAGCUCAUAUUCAGUUUUGAGCCUCUGCACUCUGGAGUCCAGUCAGGUAGCCAUGACAAAGCUUGGGCAAGCGUGUGGUUCUGCAGCACACAGGCUGGCCAUCCAGUCUCUCCCAGCCCAGCUCUGCCUCCUGGCCCUGCUGGGAGGGUCCAGGGCGCUGGGCCAUGUCCUAAUAGCGGCCAUGUGUGCACCCGACCCGGGGUUUCCAGAUUGA